UUUACACUGGUGGGUUUACCUGACAAGAUAUUACACCUUGCAAUGUUUGACUGAAUAUAGAAACUGAAGAGAAUAGAAUUCUUGGAAUAGAGAGAAUACAGACACCAUUUACUUCUAAAAUGGGACGUAAACGCCUACAUUUUCCCCAACAUGUGGAUGAUAUAGAUGACUACCUGUAUGAUAUAACAGACUGGCCAGAUAAACUCCAAGAAACGUUAUCACUUGUUAUAGACCAGUUAGUUAGAUUACUUCAUCAGUUACCAGAUUACAGUAUCAAAGAAAUUAUAAAGGUAUGAUUCAACUUUAUUCUUAGUACAGUGGAAGCGACCAAAAUACGGCACAAUUAAAUGUUACUUUCAUUUUCCUGUGGUUCUAAAUCAAGGUUCAUUUCGUAAAUACACUGUAACCUGAAACACACCACAGCUUUGGAUCAUAAGGCCUGUAUGUCACGACAUGUAUAACACCUGCAAGAUACCACUCUUGCGAAACCCUACACCAGUUACGUUUUCAAAUGCAUUAAGUAAAACAAAUAACAUCAAUAAUAUAAUUAAGUUUAAUUCCGAAAAAUAAAACCUUAAAUAAAUCGACAAUCAAUGUAACUUUAGUGAAAUGAAAUAAAAUAUGGUUUUAUGGCAUGUCAUCUUCUCUCGGGUAUUGCGCCAAACACAUGGUGACGUCUACGAGACAAAUGGAAUAAUAUCACGUCAAUAAAAACAUGUAUCACAGUCAACAUGAUUAAAAUUACACAUCAUCAAAUUUAAUGAACAUUUAAAAUAUAAAACAUGAAAAAACAAAAACAUGUAUGUAUACAAAUUAAAAUUUUCGACAAAAAUUUGUCUCUUUUAAAAAGUGUAACGUUUUACAAUAUAGCUCCGGUUGAGCAAAUAAUUGACGCAGAGACUUGAAGAGGUAAAAAAAUUUAAUCUAAUAUCUUUGAGAUGUUUACACUCUUUAAGAAUGUGCUUAACCGUCAAAGGAAAAUGAUAGUAUUCAUAUUCUGGCUGAGACUCUGGCUUUAAGAUGGAAAUGUCGAGUUUAAAAAGAAUGUCCAGUGCGAAAACUACUUAUAACUUCUUACGGUGAAUUAAAAGAUCAAUUACAAAACAUGUUAAUCGCACACAAGAUUAGGUUCAACAAGAACGCUACUAAAUAUAGGCCUAUAGUACCUUUUCUGAUUUAAUAAGUUAUUCAUAAAACAUUCUAACACGCACACAGUUCUCCAAACAGCAACGAUAAGAUUUUCACCGGCCUGUAGUAUGGAAGACCAAACAGCUCUUUAUUCAGUGUCCUCAAUUCUAUGUUCUGAACUCAUAGUCCUUGAUUCUUAUUUCUUCAUUUGUUGUCGUAUCCCGAUAUGUGUACACAGUAAAAUUAACAUUUGUAUCUUAAAUUUAAUAUUUGUUUUACCAAUCCUGACAUUUGUGUUAUCAAAAUUGUAAAUUGUAUUGUUUUAAUAUAUAAAAUAGUUUCAUAUAAAGAUAGAAUUUAAUUUAGAAAAUCACACAAUUAGCCUACAUUUAGAGUCAUACCACGAAAACAAAUAUCGAACAACACAUUUCUAAAUACAAAUCUCCAAAUACAAAUCUUGCAAAACAUUUCUCCAAAAACAUUUCUCCGAAAAUAUAUCUCCAAAAACAUUUCUCCGAAAAUAUAUCUCCAAAAACAUUUCUCGAAAUUCCUUGAAAUGAAACAUUAUGACGACAUGAGUGGAAAGCAACCUGGCGUACAAUAUGUCUCAUACACUAAUGAGGAAUCGAGCAAGAAUAAAUACAAAAAGAAAAAUCGCUCGAUGACCGACAAAAUACAUUUGAACCAUAAAUUUUCCACUACAAUAUCAAUUAAUCUUACCUAGAUGUUAAAAUUAUCUCCCUGAUCAACCCAAUAGAGACCGAUAAUGAUGUCGCAUCCACACUUGCUUUUAUAUAUGGAAAAUAUUUUUCUUUUGACAACUAUUACAAUAAAUUUAGGCUAUCCAAAUGAGUAAAGAACGAUAUGAUCUAUUUUUGUUGUAACAUGCAUAGAUUUAACACUCUAAAUUAUGAUUGAGUCGGGUGGCGUGGUUUCGAUUUCCUGCGUGUACAAGUAGUAGGGUCGGCAGUCCAACUUUGUGGGUUUUCUCUGGGUCCUCUGGUUUUCCAGCGAAUUAUUGAAAUGAAAUUGAAUCAUAUUUUAGCAUGUGUCAAGUUGACGUUAAACUCUCUCUCUCUCUCUCUCUCUCUCUCUCUCUCUCUCUCUCUCAAUUUCAGGGUGGAUCGCUGGGUAAAGGAACGGCGAUGAAGAAGGGAUCUGACAUUGAUCUUAUUGUGUUUUUCAACGAAUACAAUAAUAUUGAAGAAUUAAUCGCUGACAAACAUCAAAUUAUAGAUGACAUCUUUAACUAUUUUGAUGACCUGUACAUACACCAAUUUCAAUACAUGUCUUUUGUUCGGAAAAACAACUACCUUAUUCAAUAUGAAAUAAGGCUUUUUAAUUCAAACAGAUCUUUCCACCUAGAUAUUUUACCCGCUAUGCCAGUUUUAGAUGACCACUAUUCACCCAAUGACCUUUUAUCUGUAUACAAGGAAAUGGAAUUCAAACAAGAGUAUAUAAGAAGUCAUUAUUCGGCUUGCUUUGCAAAAAUUCAGCGAAAGAUGAUGCAGAACAAACCAAACAAUGUACACGACCUAAUUUAUUUGCUCAAAAGCUGGAAAAAUAGAUUCCAUGUCCCUAUCAAGUCAUAUUGCUGUGAGGUGAUUGGUAUGUUUGUACAUUAUAAAUGGUUUGACGAGGAAGAAUGUUUUGAUGUCAGUGAAGCUUUCGUGGAGGCCAUGAGAUUUUUGAGUCGCUAUAAAACUCUUUAUGUCGCUCUUCCAUUUUACUAUAAAAUUAAACGAUGGAAGCGACAUUUUCCAGAUAAACCUUACAUUCUGGAUCCUGUCAACCCCUUUUCGGAUACAACCGAUAGAACACUGGAUGAAGAUAAAAUGGAUAAAAUAGAGAAAUGCGCAACAACGACGUUUAUCAAAUUCAAAUCAGAAAAUGAAUAUCAACACGUCUCCAUGGAACAAGAAGACAAAGCAACAACCCAAUUAAUUCCAACGCCACAGUGGCCCCGGGCGAUUAAAUGUGGACCACAUACAAAUGGAUAUCUACCCGUCUCUAUGGAACUAGAAGACAAAGCGACAACCCAAUUCAUUCCAACGACACAGUGGCCUCAGGCGAUUACAAAUGAACCACAGACAAAGUAUGAACAUCUCCUAGAAGAAGGCGGGUUUGCGGCGAACAGAAGAAAAAGUCCCACAAGCGGCUGUAAAUGUUGUUUAGUAAUAGCAUUAUUAGUUAUUGUGUUUAUUGUUCUUAUUGUGCUUGUAGGUAUUUUAGUGUACACAUUGAAAAAGCAAUGACAAUACCUGUUGAUAUGAUAUUGAUGACAAGACCUGUGGAUAUGACAGUGAACCGUUGAUGUGUCAGUGGUGGCACAAACCGUUGAAGUGGCAGUGACGACACCAAUCCCUGUUGUGAAAAUAGUGACACCAAUCCCUGUUGUGAAAGAGAAGACAUCAAAUUGUGGAUAUGAACUUGGUAGUGUAAAGGGGAUCACAAUAAUGACGCUGAAAAGAGACGACAUGAAUCUCUGUAAAAUGAAAAGAGAAUUUAUCAAAAAUGUGUGAUUUGUUUUGUUUUUUUACAUGUUGUAAUCUCACCUGUCAUUGUUAUUAUACAUAGGUAUAUUGUUAUGUUAUUGUUAUUGUGCAUAUGUAUAUGGUUAUGUUAUUGUUAUUAUAAA